AAAGAAAAAACAACACAUUUUUCUAUUCAAAAUAAUAAUUGAAUUUUAAAAACAUAUGCAAAUUCAGAAAGGGGACACCUUCACACGUUUCGGUCAGUCAAUCGAUUUAGAAAGGCCCAGGUAGAGUACACACACCAACUCUAAAAAGCCCUGCUUCUCUCCUCACUCUUCAAUUUCCUCUAUAUAAGAAAUGACACACUGCGCACUGCGCCUAACCUCUCCCUCUCGCGCUCUCUCUGCUAACUUGCGCAUCUCACCCACCCGAUUCUCUCCGCUACGCCGCCGAUCUCUUCCCUUAACCUCUCCGUCCGUCGCUGGAAAAUCACUUUUUUUUUCCCUACCACAUCGAAGAACCUUAGCGUUGAGUACAAAUUCCUUGAAAUCUCCGUACCAUACAAAAGCAUCAAUGGCCGAAACAGUGACGGGGAAAAGCAAAGGGGAAGUACAAGUGUUCGAUACCGAAGAGGAACUUGCUGUGUCUCUAGCGAAAUACACUGCGGAUUUAUCGGAGAAGUUUUGCAAAGAGAGAGACGCUUUUACUGUUGUUGUUUCCGGUGGUUCACUUAUCAAGUCACUCAGGAAAUUGGUGGAGCGACCAUAUAUUGAUUCAAUAGACUGGUCAAAGUGGCAUGUUUUCUGGGUGGAUGAGAGAGUGGUUCCAAAGGAUCAUCCUGACAGCAAUUACUUGCUUGCUUAUGAUGCUUUUCUAUCCAAGAUACCUAUUCCUGCUGGUCAUGUGUAUGCCAUAAAUGAUGCAUUAUCACCAGAAGCUGCGGCAGAUGAUUACGAGACUUGUCUAAGGCACUUAGUUAAGAACAAUAUUGUAGAUAUCUCUAAAGAGAGUGGUUUUCCAAAAUUUGAUGUAAUGCUAUUGGGUAUGGGUCCAGAUGGACAUGUUGCUUCCUUGUUUCCCGGGCACCCUCUUGUCCAUGAGAAAGAGAAGUGGGUCACCUUCAUCAAGGACUCCCCAAAACCUCCGCCAGAUAGGAUUACAUUUACAUUUCCUGUGAUAAACUCAUCUGCAAAUAUCGCACUUGUUGUAGCAGGCGUUGGGAAGGCAGAUGUAGUGCAUAAAUCGCUAGGUGAUAGUAAAAGUUCAGAUGUGCUGCCUGUGCAAAUGGUUUCACCUGAAGGAGAAUUGGUCUGGUUUUUAGACAAGGCUGCAGCUUCAAAGCUGUAAGGACGAAGAUAUGCGAGUUGUGAACCAGUGCUUCAUUGCUGUGUGCAUUUUGUAAUUUUAAUACAUUAUCGAGAAGGGUUGUUUUUCCCAGUAUUGUCUGUACAAUGUCGAGGAUUCAUAUGCCAUGGUCCAUUUUUUGGCAGUUUUUUCCUCGCUUGUUUCUGUAAUGGUGCUUGGCUAUCAGGAAGUCAGUAAUAAAACUGCAGUUUGUGCUGUUA